GAGGGGGGUGGUGGGCGUGGGACUCCCGGACCGGCCGGACCUGUGGGACCCGGGGCCCUAGCUGUCUGCGGAGCCCGUCACCGGGGCCGGCAGGCUCUUCCGGGGCCGGACGGCGGCGGUGUGGGCGGCGGGAGGCCUCUGCGAACCCAUAAAUACCGGGCGCGCCGGGGCCGAGACGCGCGUGCGGCCGACGGCGCCCUCGAGGCAUCUGGAUGACCGUCCCCCUGAAGACCUCCCUUCCGGCCUGCCUCACUUCCAGGGACACUGCCUGACCCCCUCCAUUCUUCAUCCUCCCAGCCCCUCCUACUGUCCCCAACGGAGUCUGAUCUGCUACGGCCGCCAUCCCUUCCCCGUCUCGGCCCCCUCCGCCACCACCAUGCGCCCCUCUCUCCGCUGCUGGUCCUGCUGUUGUCUGCUCCUGUUGUUCUCCCUGGGAGUCCAGGGGGCCCCAAAGGACCCCAGUGCUGCCCCGGAGCAAGUCCACCUGUCGUACCCAGGGGAGCCGGGCUCCAUGACUGUCACCUGGACCACGUGGGUUCCCACCCGCUCUGAAGUGCAGUUCGGGCUGCAGCUAUCCGGGCCCCUGCCCUUCCGGGCCCAGGGCAGCGUCAGCCCCUUUGUGGACGGGGGCUUCCUCCGGCGCAAGCUCUACAUACACCGCGUCACGCUGCGGGGGCUGCUGCCGGGGGUCCAGUACGUGUACCGCUGCGGCAGCGCCCAGGGCUGGAGCCGCCGGUUCCGCUUCAGGGCCCUCAGGAACGGGCCCCACUGGAGCCCCCUGCUGGCGGUAUUUGGAGACCUGGGUGCUGACAACCCGAGGGCCCUCCCCCGGCUGCGCAGGGACACCCAGCAGGGCAUGUACGACGCUGUUCUCCAUGUGGGAGACUUUGCCUACAACAUGGACCAGGACAACGCUCGUGUGGGUGACGAGUUCAUGCGUCUCAUCGAGCCGGUGGCCGCCAGCCUCCCGUACAUGACCUGCCCGGGGAAUCACGAGGAGCGCUACAACUUCUCUAACUACAAGGCUCGCUUCAGCAUGCCCGGGAACAACGAGGGCCUGUGGUACAGCUGGGAUCUGGGCCCUGCGCACAUCAUCUCCUUCUCUACCGAAGUUUAUUUCUACCUCCACUACGGCCGCCACCUGGUAGAGAGGCAGUUUCACUGGCUGGAGAGCGACCUCCAGAAAGCCAACAAGAACCGGGCCGCCCGGCCGUGGAUCAUCACCAUGGGCCAUCGGCCCAUGUACUGCUCCAACGCGGAUGUGGAUGACUGCACGUGGCAUGAAAGCAAGGUUCGAAAAGGCCUCUUCGGCAAGUUGUUUGGAUUGGAGGAUCUUUUCUACAAGUACGGGGUCGACCUGCAGCUGUGGGCUCAUGAGCACUCGUACGAACGGCUGUGGCCAAUUUACAACUACCAGGUAUUUAACGGCAGCCAAGAGAUGCCCUACACCAACCCUCGAGGCCCUGUCCACAUCAUCACAGGAUCAGCUGGCUGUGAGGAGCGGCUGACCCGCUUCACCCUCUUCCCGCGGCCUUGGAGCGCCGUGCGAGUGAAGGAGUACGGGUACACGCGGCUACACAUCCUCAAUGGGACCCACGUCCACGUCCAGCAGGUGUCCGAUGACCAGGAUGGAAAGAUUGUGGAUGAUGUGUGGGUGGUGAGGCCCCUGCUCCACCGGAUGAUGUACCUCUAGGGAUGGGCCACUCCGAGCCUUGAGGCCUUGGCUUAUGUAACCGGACGCUACGCACGCCCGGCUGGGGAGUCAGGGCAGGCCCGACUCCUCUGCCUUCCUGAGAGCCCAUGUGGAUGAAUGCAGCGCCGAGGGGCUGGGCAGCUCUCCCCUCCUGGAGAGGUGGGGAGUCCCCAGCGGCUGUGUUCGAAGGGCAGUUGUGGACACAGACAGACUCAGACGCACAGGAGGGUGGCACAGCCCUGCCACUGCCGCCCAGCACCGACGGGCGGGUGCCCGCAGGGCCUCAGGAAUAAAGAAGCUCAUGGCUGUG